AUGUAUGCCACGCUCUUUACAGCAUCUUUGUUGGGCCUCACGGCCGCCUUCCCAUCCUUCUCAAGUCCCGGCUUGUCCCCUCGUGCAACAUGCUCAGGCAACACUGCAGACACUCGAUCCGAGUGGUGUGACUACUCCAUCGAUACUGACUACACUUCCACCUCGCCAGACACGGGUGUCACCCGUGAAUACUGGUUCGAGCUGACAGAAACUACUGCAUCACCGGAUGGUGUAGAAAGAUAUGUGCAGGCUAUUAACGGGACUAUUCCGGGGCCGACCAUUAUUGCCGAUUGGGGCGAUACUGUCGUUGUCCAUUUGACCAAUUCGCUUUCUUCUUCCACCAACGGCACUAGUCUUCAUUUCCACGGCAUCCGUCAAAACUACACUAACCAAAACGAUGGUGUAUCAUCCAUCACCCAAUGCCCUACUCCUCCGGGGUCUUCGAUCACUUAUACCUGGAAGGCAGAGCAGUACGGUUCUACCUGGUAUCACUCCCACUUUGCCUUGCAAGCCUGGCAAGGCGUCUUUGGUGGCAUCAUCAUCAAUGGUCCUGCCACUGCCGACUACGAUGAGGAUCUUGGCCAUGUCUUCUUGAACGACUGGAGCCACGAGACUGUUGACCAGCUGUACUACACCGCAGAGACAUCCGGGCCUCCUACACUUGACAAUGGUCUUAUCAACGGAACCAAUGUCUAUGGCGAUGAUGAUGACGAUGAUCAGGUUGGCACUCGCUUCUCUGUUUCCGUCACUGAGGAUUCGUCCUACAGAAUGAGAAUUGUGAAUGCGGCCGUCGACUCGCACUUCCGAUUCAUGAUUGACAACCACACCAUGACGGUCAUUUCAAUGGAUCUGGUCCCCAUUGAGCCAUACACUACUGAUGUUUUGAGCAUUGGCAUGGGUCAACGCUACGACAUUAUCAUUACUGCAGACCAGGCUGCUGUCGCAGACAGUUUCUGGAUCCGGGCCAUCCCUCAGGCAGCCUGCAGUGAGAACGAUAGCACCGACAACAUUAAGGGCAUCCUAUACUACGGCGACUCCACCACUACUCCUACAACCUCUCGCCCGAGCAGCUAUGAGAGCGGCCUUGACUGUAUUGACGAGGAUGCAAGCAAUCUUGUGCCCUACAUUUCGCAGACCAUUACUUCUGCCACGAACGAGGGAGAAGAGGACGCCACCGUUGCAUUCAAUGACGACGACUUGUUCAAGUGGUACCUGAACUCGACCACCAUGGUUGUCUCGUGGAGCGACCCCACACUGAUGCAGGUAUACGACAACGUCACCAGCUUUGAAACCUCUGACGCCGUUAUUGAGCUGCCCGACGCCGACGAAUGGGUCUACCUCGUCAUUGAGACAUCCUUCACGGUCCCGCACCCCAUCCAUCUUCACGGUCACGACUUUCUGGUGCUUGCUUCCGACGAGGGAACUUACGACAGCAGUGUCACGCUGAACAUGGAUAACCCUCCUCGCCGAGAUACAGCCAUGCUUCCGUCAGCCGGCUACCUGGUGAUUGCUUUCAAGACGGACAACCCGGGAGCCUGGCUUAUGCACUGUCACAUUGGCUGGCACACCAGCGAGGGCUUUGCUUUGCAGUUUGUCGAGAGACAGUCUGAAAUUUCGGCUCUUCUUGACUAUGACAGCAUGUCUGACAACUGCGAUGCUUGGAGCUCAUACGAAACGACCGAGUCGGUCGAGCAGGAUGAUUCGGGUAUCUGA